AUGAAAUCUAUUGUUGCACCGGGGACACGUGUCUACAAUUUCCACACUGCAGAUGUACACACCUAUUUUGCUAAUGGCGUUGCUGUCCACAACACGUCAGGUGCACAAUUUGUCGAUCUGAGCAACAUUAAAGGUUUAAAAAGGCUUGAAUGGAAUUCUCAUGCUCCUGAGUGGCGGAUCGCAAUGCCUGGAAUUUGUUUUGAGGACAAAUGUACGAAUGCAUCUUGCAAGGCAUAUAAACAGCAGUUGAUUAUUAAUAUCGGAUUUAAAAAAUUCGAUUAUCUAACAGAUGUGAGUGCUGAUACGUCGAAGUGUCUCGUGUGUAGUAGCUUUGUUGAACCGGAGACGUGCGCUUUUAACAACUGUACGUGGAAAUGGUGGGGUAUAAAACAAUCUCAGAGUGGCAUGCCACCUGAAAAGGUUUCGGCGGACUGGAGAAUUGCUGACAAUGCCUAUCAUCGAUUCGAUCAAGAUGUGGCUGGAACCGUUACAUGGCGACAAUUAUUUAUCGAAGCGAAACCGAAUUGA